CCUUUGAUAAGGCACAGAAUCAAUAUCUGCGGCUGCUCCCUUCCCAAGUCAACACUGCAUUUCCAACAUUGAAUCAACAUUAAACACCAUGGACAUCAUAUAGCGUAUCCGCUGUCUUCCUGUCUUGCCGUUAUCAGUCCUAUCUUGAACAAGUUAGUUAGACGGCUCAACAAUUCUCAACAAGCCGAAGUAUUCCGCAGAUUAAGAAACCCUUGCAACGCUUUAGAUAGUCUCCCUCGCCCCCAAAAGACACAACCCACGACUACAAUGACACGCACCACCCGACAGCUUCGAAAGGCUGCGCGAAUCAUCCUUAUAGGCGCGCCAGGCGUUGGAAAAGGAACACAAACAGAAAGACUCCUCACUAGAUUCCCAGGCCUAGCCUCCAUAAGCUCAGGCGACCUCCUCCGGGAGAAUGUGCGGAGGAAAACCCCCUUGGGUCUCAAAGCAGAGGCCGCAAUGCAGUCCGGCAACCUGGUGCCCGAUUCGAUGAUCCUCGAGCUUAUAUCCUCGGAACUCGAGUCCAAGGGCUGGCUUCCACCCACCGCAACCCCGUCGUCGACCAUCUCCUCCAGCGCUUCUUUCAUCCUCGAUGGGUUCCCUCGCACCGCGACACAGGCCUCGAGCUUAGACAGCCUUGUCCCUGUGAAUUUUGUCGUCCAUCUUGUCACACCGCCGUCCGUCAUCCUCUCCCGCAUAGCGUCGCGAUGGGUCCACGAGCCCUCCGGACGCGUCUACAACUCCGAUUUCAAUGCGCCCAAGGUUCCUGGCAAGGAUGAUCUGACCGGCGAGCCGUUGACUCAGAGGCAGGACGACUCGAUCGACACCUGGAAGCAGCGACUUCAUAAGUUUGAGGAGACUAGCAGGGCCCUGCUGGAGCACUACGAGCGUAAGGGCUGCCUCUGGCGCGUCGAGGGCGACUCGAGCGAUGAGAUCAGUCCGAAGCUCUUUGCAGAGAUUGAGCGACACUUCUGCUAGAGUGCUCCCUGAGUGCCGACAUCGGACACCUUUCUUGUACCAUACAUCUUCCUUACUCUUUUCAUUUUGGGGGUUCUUUUCAGCUUUGCAUUACUGCAGUCCUUGAUGGAUUGCAUGCAUGAGCAGGCCUUUUUUUUUUGCCAUUCUUCCGCGUUAUAUAAUGUCUUGCCAAAGACAGCUGGCAUAACCCGUGUGGCCUAGAUGACUUAUGUCAGGUCUUACGAAGAGUACGAUAUGCCGCCAAACCAGGC